AUGAUUGAUUCCCAGAAGCCUCCUUUUAAUAAGGUCCUAAAACGCAAACAGUCGUACGGAGCGGCAAUGGACAGCGCGGAGAUCAACUCUCUCGCAGAACACGUCGUUCGCCCGUCAAAAACGUGGGGGCGCUACUGCGCGUUACGCUCGCUCUCGAUUUUUAUGUUUUCCGAAGGGCCGCGCCGCUUUGUUCGCGGCCGCAUCUGCCGCCGACGCCCGUCACCCACGCCGGAGCGUUUCCACUCGUCCCUUGGCACUGAGCGUGAUUGGCUUUUACCACGA